UACAUCAUAGUUACGCAACAGAAAACAUUCACGAUGUACAACAUACGCUACAUGAGAUUACUUAUUGUUCUUAUGGGCAUAAUAUUGUAUCGAGCAGAAUCAUCAAAAGCAUGUCCAGGUCCAGGUCCAGGAAAACGCUGCCCCGUGGUUAAUACAAACGGUAAUGAGCGCUAUGACAGGAUGUUUGUAUUCGUUGGGGAGUUCAGUGGAGCUGUAGGCUCAUUCCCACCGACAAAGAUGACAACUGCACAUGAAUAUCACAGAAUGGCAGGCCGGGACACCAGGGAGAAGAUCAUAGAAGCAGGAAGAAAAGCACUUGCUUUUUUCAAGUGUAGGUUUGGACUGAGCCCCAAUGUUUCUGAUGACGAGCUUUACAACGCAUCAAUUGUAAAUCAAGGAGAUUAUACCUUCUCUACUGAGACUUACCCGAUUAGUCCAGGGGCGUAUCGUCUAGCACUGGAAUCGAAAUAUUGCAAGUGCCGGGUGUAUUAUUACCAACCGGAAAUCCUGGAAAUUAGUUUUAAUAUUGUAAUAAAGAGGGAACUCAAGGCAGGAGGUAGCUAUGGCAAACCUCUUUACCCGGGAGAUGUUGUAAUUGCUGGCGUCUACAUGAUUAAGCCUAAUUCAAAGAAACGCUGUUCUAUAGAGGGUUUGGUAAGAAUUCCUGUUGUAGCAUAUGUGCCAAUGAAACCUUAUGGAGCAAGUGGUUUCGUCACACAUCCUGCAUAUGGAAAUGGGACAUACCAGUCCUCGUUUGUGAAAGACAACACUGGCAUGAUGAGAGUUAUAAAUGUGAUUCGUUUUCCAGGAGAUACUACUGGAGUCGUUUGCAAUCUCAUGUAUUCCUAGUUCUGGUAAAAUAAAA